AUCUUUCAAAAUGUGUUUUGAUAUGAAUCAUUCUAAUUAUAUCUAUGUAUAGUUUCAUGAAACAUGGGUGACAUCAUCUGUCAUCCUGAAACUUAAUAUAAGUAAUACAUUAAAAAAAAGACAUUAAGUGUUUCAAAUUAUUAAGACAACAAAAUUUUAAGAACUAUACUUUAUUAUUGUGUUGAAGAAACGUUAAAAUUACUUCAAUUGUGCACGAAAAAACUUUAAUAUCACAAACAAUAGUAUAUUGCAAUGGAAAGUGAACAAAGAAGUUUAGCCGAAGACUAUAGUGAAAUAAUACAACGUCUUCCUAUUUCACUAAAAUUAUCAUAUGGAAUAGGACAUGUUUUAAAUGAUAUUUGUGCUUCUAUGUGGUUUACUUAUUUAUUAGUAUUUUUUCAUUUGGUACUGGGAUUUGAUUCUACAUUAUCAGGAGUAAUUUUACUUAUUGGUCAAAUAGCAGAUGCUUUAGCUACCCCAUUUGUUGGACUUCAUUCUGAUAAAAUUGAUGAGUUCUGGUUAUGUAAAUAUGGAAGAAGAAAAACAUGGCAUUUAAUAGGUACCCUGUGUGUAUUAUUUGCAUUUCCCUUUAUAUUUUCACAUUGUAUUGGCUGUGAAUCUGCUCAUAAAUGGGCACAAUUGAUUUAUUAUAGUGCAUUUGUUGUAAUUUUCCAAUUUGGAUGGGCUGCAGUUCAAAUAUCUCAUUUAUCAUUAGUACCAGAACUCACACCUACUGAACAUGAAAGAACAGAACUCAUAGCUAUCAGGUAUAGCUUUACUGUACUAUCAAAUAUUUUUGUAUAUUGUAUUACUUGGGCAGUUUUACAUAUAACAAAUAACAAAGAUGCAAAUUCGCAAAUUGGUCCAGAUGAUGCAGACAAAUUUCAAGAUAUUGUAUUUAUAGGAAUAGGAACAGGAGUUGUAACAUCUAUUUUAUUUCAUAUCUUUGUUAAAGAGAGAUCAUUGAGUAAUUCUGAUGGUUCAUUACGUACAAAUUCAAGAGCAAUAUCUUUAUUAUUAAAAGAUGUCCAAUUAUAUCAAGUAGCUUGUAUAUAUAUGCCCACUCGUAUAUUUGUAAAUUUAUCACAAAUUUAUGUUCCUUUAUAUUUGCAUGAGUCUCUAAGUAUGCCAGCUACAUCUUUAGCUAUAAUUCCCUUAAUAAUGUUUUUGAGCAGUUUUGCAAUAUCCUUAAUUAUAGAAAAAUUAAAUACAAAACUAGGUAGAAAAAUUUCGUAUUCUUUUGGUGUUAUAUUGGGUAUAAUUGCUUGUGUUUGGAUAAAAUUUGGUACUGGUGUGAUCUAUACAAAAUAUGAAAUAUAUCCAGUAUCUUUGAUGUUAGGGUCUGCUGGAUCCAUUAUGCUAGUGACCAGUCUUGGUGUUACAGCAGAUUUCAUAGGACAAAAUGUAGAUAGUGGUGCAUUUGUAUAUGGUAUCAUGAGUUUUACUGAUAAACUUUGCAAUGGUCUAGCAGUUAUGCUUAUUCAAUAUUUAGGAAGUUGGAUUAAUACCAAAAAUUAUUACAAAGAUGUUUUAGUCUAUGUUUGCAGUUCUUCUGCAAUACUUGGCUUAUUAGUGUUAUUAUACAUAAAACCAUUCCAUAAUAAUGAAGCAUAUAAUACAUUAAGCUCAGGACAAACUACAGCAUUAUCAGAGAAUGAAUCUAAUGAUAUAUUAAGACAAGAUCAUGUUACAUAAUUAAAAGAGGUUUGUAACUUAAGGAUGUAUAUUUCAAUAUAAAACUGUGGUAAAGUUCAGUUUACAAA